AUGCUGAGGAAAAGAAGCAGAUCACACCACAAAGAUCAACACAUGAAUCACUUGGUUGGUGACUGUAUAUCAGAGUCCUGUUUUCACUCUGAUAUUUCGAGUCAGAAGUACAAAAUCCAUAACUCCCUUUUGAAAAUGCCGGGGCUUUUUGUGGGAUUCAAUCCGAGAAGUUCAGAUACCGACUCAGUUCUGAGCCCGACCUCCCCUUUAGAUUUUAGAGUCUUUUCAAGUUUCGGAAAUCCCUUUAGGCACAACAGGAUACAAAAUGCGGGAGAAAAUAAGAGGUGGAAUUUUGAGAAAGUGGGUCUUAGCAUUAUCGAAUCACUGAAAGAUGAGAACAAUGAGCCCGGGAAGGUCGGUCGAUCAUCCAACAACAAAAAUAUUCUUCUCGAACGAAACUUGAGUUCUCAGGAGGCUCUUAAGUUACUGCCUAAAGACACUGCAUUUUUUCCUGAAAAACAGAUAGGUGCUGAAUUUGGUAGUUCUAGUGUUUUGUUUGAAACUGGGAAAAGCCCUUUCGGGCCCGACUCGGAGAUUGAAGAUUCUGAUGAAUGUGGGUCAUAUCUGACUGAUUUUGGUAGCAACAAGUCAAUGUUCGAAUCGGGGAAUUUGGUUGAUGGAAAUACAAAGGAUAUAAUGCCUUCGGAGUCUCACGAUGGCAUUAAGCUGCGAGAAUUUGGUUCUUUUAAGGUGAGUGAGAUCGAGCUUUCUGAGGAUUAUACUUGCGUUAGGACACAUGGCUCUAAUCCAAAAGUGACCCACAUUUUCGGUGACCGUGUAUUGGAAUGUCAGAAUGGUGAGGUAACUGUGUUUAAGGAGAAAUUUGGAGACGGUCAUAAGAUUCCAGAGGCAUUUGGGUUGUCCGAUUUUCAUGCUUCAUAUCCGUCCAGUAGUUUCUUGAAGUUUUGCUACUUGUGCAACAAGCCGCUCGAUGGAGAAGAUAUUUACAUGUACAGAGGUGAGAAAGCAUUUUGCAGUCUUUCUUGCCGUUCGGAAGAGAUUGAGUUGGACGAGAAGAUGGAGAAAACGAGCGAUGAUACUUUCAAGACUGCUAAUGCUGAUGCAUCACCAAAUGGCUCUGAAAUAAUAACAUCCAAGGCCGGGUUGUUCAUUGCUACAUAG